UCUUGUUAUCACACGCGAACAUGGAGACUUGCAAGAAUAACGUGUUAUACUUGGGUGUCUUGACGAUGUUCUUGUUUUUUCAAGCUUCUUCUGCAACUGACACCAUUUCUACCGAUCAACCUCUUUCAGGACUUAAGACCAUUGUUUCCAGUGGUGAUAUUUUCGAACUCGGUCUCUUCAACCCAACACCAGGUAUGUUUGGAUUCUACAUAGGCAUGUGGUACAAACAAGUCUCUCCACGAACUAUUGUUUGGGUCGCAAAUCGAGAAUCUCCUCUCCAGAGGGCUACCUUCUUUUUUAAAAUAUUAGAUGGAAACUUAAUCCUUCAUGAUAAUAUGACUAGUAGAACAUUUUGGUCGACCGGUGUUAAUUCUAGUAGGAGCACAGAUGUUGAAGCUGUUCUGCUUGAUAAUGGUAAUCUCGUAUUGAGAGAUGGGCCAAAUUCUUCUGCAGCUGUGUUGUGGCAGAGUUUUGAUCAUCCCUCGGAUACUUGGCUUCCAGGAGCUAAAAUCAGGUUUAACAACAUCAAACUGGGAAGCCAACGUCUCACGUCUUGGAAAGGCUUGACAGAUCCAUCACCGGGUCGAUACUCUCUCGAGGUUGACCCUAAUACAACACACUCUCUCAUCACGGUUUGGAAUGGAUCUAAGUCAUAUUGGUCUAUCGGGACAUGGGAUGAUCAAUUUAGAGUCUCCUUUUUGGCUAUUUCCUUGAGUUUCAAAUUGAAUCUGGAUGAGUCUUACAUCACCUACUCAGCAGAUAACUAUAGAACAUAUCGUUUGGUCAUGGAUGUUUCCGGUCGGUUCAUGCUGCACGUUUUGUUAGUCGACAUCCAGAUGUGGGGUGUGAUAUGGUCUCAACCAAGAGAUACAUGUGCGGUUUAUAAUCCUUGUGGAUCGUUUGGGAUUUGCGAUGAACAAGCGGUUACGCCCUGUAGAUGUGUUCCUGGUUUCAAACAAGCAUUUGGCGAGGACUCGAAUGAUUACUCUGGUGGUUGUAAAAGGGAAAUUAAUCUUCUAUGUGACAAGGGAAAUGACGAGUUUUUUCCUAUUGAAAACAUGAAAUUAGCCACUGAUCCAACAACAACAUUGGUCUUGACGGCAAGUCUUGUUACUAGCUGUGCCUCAGCUUGCCUAGCUAAUUGUUCUUGCCAGGCCUACGCAUCUAAUGGAAACAAGUGUUUGAUGUGGACAAGAGAUGCUUUCAAUCUGCAACAACUUGAUGCAAAUAACACAGAGGGACACAUUUUUUUCCUUAGACUUGCCGCUUCAAACAAGGGUAAGCAUUUUCCAUUAAAAAAUGAGACAAAUUCGUAGAGAUAAUUUUAAGCUUCAUUUUCUACUCAGGAGAAACAGAGAAUUCUAAAGUCAGAAGAAUUGUGUUAC